AUGGCAGCUGAGGACGCCUUCGAAAUCCGCCCCGUCAAGGGCAAAGGCGUCGGCGUCUUCGCCACGCGCCCCAUCGGCCGCGGCACGCUGUUGAUCAGCGAAGCCCCGCUCUUCACCACGGCCUCGCUCACCAACCCUGCUACCUUCGAGCGAGACCUCGGACGCAUCAUUCGGGAAUUACCCAAGGAGUCGCAGCGCGCGUUCCUCUCCCUGCACAACAACAGCCCGGGAUCGGAGCCUUUCUCCAACAUCAUGCGCUCAAACGGCUAUCCGCUCGGCCCGGGCAGCGACGUGGGCGGCAUCUUCCCGCUGGUGGCGCGCAUGAACCACGCUUGCAACGCGAACUGCCAGCAUGCGUGGGACGCACGGCUGGGCCGGCAGCAGGUGCACGCGGUUAGGGAUGUGGCGGAGGGGGAGGAGCUGACGCUGGCGUAUCACGUUGGGGGACCCAAGAAGGAGCGGCAGGCCGCGUUGAAGACCUACUUUGGAUUUCAGUGUGAGUGCGAACUAUGUUCAUUGCCUAAAGCGGAGUCGCAGGCGAGCGAUGAGCGGAUGGAGGCGAUGGCGCGAUUGGAUGAGGCGAUUGGCGUGCCGGGUAGGCCGCCCAUGGAGGCGUUGGCGGACUGCAAGGAGAUCCUGCGCUUGUACGGGGAGGAGCGCGUCGUGGACUUGCGGGUGCCAAGGGCGUACUAUGACGCCUUUCAGAUCUGUGCGAAGCAUUCGGAUGAGGCGCGGGCGGCGGUCUUUGCCAAGCGCGCCGAGGAGGCGAGGAGAGCAUGUGAGGGGGCGAGCGAGGAGGCUGAAAACCUGCAGAGUCUCGCUGCGAAUCCGCGGCGGUGGGAGGGCUUUGGAAAGACGAAGAAGCUAAAGACUGUCAAAGAGGAUAUGCCAUCCGCGCUGAGUGGAAAGGCCUUUGAGAAGUGGCUGUGGCGAUCGUAG